AUGGCUUUUGACUUGCUUCCUGCUUUGCGCCCCCGUGCAUGGCGCUCGGUCAUCUGCGUUCGCGUCUGCCGCAAGUGGGAGUAUCGUGGUGGAACUGAUGAUGGCCUGAUCCAGCACGUUGACCUUGUGCUUGUUGAUGAGAAGGGCAGUCGCAUGUAUGGUGAGAUUCCGGGUUCUGAAGUGGUGGCAAAGAGUCCUCUCAUAGAAGAAGAUACCACUGGGCUGCUGGUGGAGAAGUCUGAUGCUUACACGGUUCACCUGCCCAACAAACCUGCCCCUACACUCACCAGGCACAUUGUUCUGAGAGAUUUAAGCUACUCUGAGAUGAAGGUCAGCCUAUGGGGAGAGGGGGCUGCUGCCUUCAACACUGAUGCUGUCAACAAUGGUGCUGAGGAUAAACCUAUUGUCGUGUUGUUUGUUGGAGGCUUGAUGAAAUCCUAUCAGGGUACUUACUAUGUUAGCGCCAAUACAGCGUCCCGGUGGUAUUUCAACCCACCUAUUCAUGAGGCCCGCCAGUUUUAUGACAGUUAUCAGAACCAGAGAGUUCAGAUCAGGUCUGUUCCUGCACCAGUGGAGCAGCAAGGUCAAGUUCAAGCGCCUGCCCCUCUUGAAGAGAAAACUCUACGAGAACUGAAUGAGAUGGAUCCAUAUGAUUUUGCUGAAAAUGGGUACCGCCGCACUGUGACUAUUGGUCGGCUUGUUCCCAAUGUAUCAUGGUGGUUCCCAUCUUGCAAUAGAUGCAGCAAGAGCUGUGUUCCAGAUGGCUCUGGCUACAGGUGUAAUGGAUGCUCGACAAACUCUUUCAGGUUCAAGUACAAGAUUUCCUUUGUGGCCCUUUAUGGCACGGAUGAGGCAGAGAUGGUAUGCUUCGGUGAUGUUGCACGUCGCAUCAUUGGGAAGCCAGUCCAGCAAAUCCUUAGAACAGCUACAAAUGCUAACACAUAUCCACCAGAUGUUACCAAGAUGGUUUCUCUCAGAUUCACCUUUCAGGUCUCUCUGACUCAGCAGAGCUAUUACAGGCAGCAGAAAACCUAUCAGGUUGUUUCUGUGGUGACAUCACAUGGUGGUCAGCCAAAUGCUAUUCCUCAUGCUCCUGUGAACGAAGAUGGUGCCCAUCCCAGUACUCCUGAGUCUGAUCAUAGCCUCACUGCUGCCACUGAUGAUGGAUCAGAAUUGGUGACACCUAAUUCUGUGACAGACGGCGGCGUUCCGUCUCCGGUGGCUACAAAUACCCCACCUCCAUCUCUUCGCAUUGACAACACGCCGCCAGCAGAGAAGAAAACAGGAGAUCAGUCAGCUAAAACCAGGAACCCAUCUUCUCGAAAGAGGUUGACCUAUGGCUCUGAUGACCUUGGACAGGCGAGCUUGACAGAUAAAGAUUCGCAGGAAGAUAACGCAUCAGCUGCUUCACUGGAUGGCGCUUCCAUUGAUACUGUGACCAAGAGGAAGCAACCGCCUGAUGAUGUAUGCUCUGGACAUGUAUUGGUGUAUAGGCAUGAAGAACUUCUUAGUUUAUCAAUUGAUGUGUUUUACCUUUGUUGUUCUUUCGUUCCCAUUGCGUGGCAGGAGUCGUUCAGUGUUGUUUUGCAUACUGACAGCGCUGCUUAUCCUCCUUGGUUUCAGCAUAUCCUGCUUCUACAUGCACAAGGGAUUUUCUUUACCACCCAACUCCCCAGACCAAUUCCUGCUCGACAGCGCAUGCACACGGUGGGUCCCCGGUCCACAGUAUCACCCAGCCGCAGAGGCCAAUCUCUCCUCGACAGCACAGUCAUAGCACAGACCUUAUUACCCUUCCUACCUGCAGUGCCCAGACAUACCCAGCCGCUAGACUCCAUCCUCUUCUUCCCAGCUCCCACUCCACUUCUUUGCUGCUUCAUCCAUGUGGACUCCACAAAAGCCCUUUCGGAUCUAGAGCUCAUGGAGGACGAUGAUCCACUCCCAAAGGUGAGCAGGAAAGAGCUAUUUGCUCUAGCUACGAAGGAGUUCAAGCUGACUAUACAGUCGGAGAAAACGACACAGAUCGAUGGGGACACGUUCAUCACCAGGCUAGAGAUUGGCAAUAUUGGGUCAAAAGAAUCGUGUGAUAGGGAAACCAAAGAGUUUUUGGGCAGCUCUGCACUCACAAAGAACCUAUCAAUCGAGAACGCUUACCACACUGUGCUAACAGACCUUGAAAACGAAAAGAGAAUAAUAAUUGAUGAUUACAAUGCUGAACAUGUUUCAAAACUCAAAGCUGACGAACCCUCACCCCUCAGACCCUCAUCCGCAGCCGGCGUCCGCGAGUCCGUAGACCGCAGCCGGCAUCGCGUGACUGCGAAAGACCGCGAGUCCACGAGUCCGCGUGUCCGCGACGGGCCGCUGGCGAGUCCGCCGUCAGCGACCGCGAGUGCGACCGCGGGACCGCUGGACGCUGGUCGCCUGGACCGCGGCAGUGCGGCACCGGCGCACGGCGGCGGUCUCGACCUGCAUGGCGGCGGGCGGCCGCACGCCCGCUCCCACCCGGCGCCCCGAGCCAGCGAGCCCUCGACGGGCACCCUCGCCGGCCUUGCCGCCUCAUCAGUCCGCGACCCUAGUCCGCGUCCUCGCUGA